AUGAUUUACGGUUCGUUGACUGACGUUCCUACUGACCUCAAAGAGUGCAUUGACUGGUUGAUAGCCGCGAAGGGAAGUGAUGAUGGAAACGGUUUCAAGGCUAUGGCUUUCGAAGUUUAUCGAUUUCUCGCAACACAGCGUGUUGGAUUGAAGCGACCGAUAGCUCUCGAGAGAAUAAAAGAUGUUUCUAAGAAGUUCAUUGGGCAAGAGGUGCUUAAAAAGAGGACGUACGCGGACAUGUUGCUGAAGAGAUACAAAACCCCUAUAGAUAGAGAAGUCGGCAAGUUCCGUAAGAUGCUUAAUGGUAUGAAGGAAAGCGAUUUUGAAAACGUCAUAAGGGCGAAGGGUGUCACUGCUGAAACUUUCGCAGAGAAAUUGGGUAAGGUUGUGGAUGGUUGUGAGACCUUCCUGGAAAGUAUCAAGACCGCGGACGAAUAUGAGUCGUCUUACCAUCCAGAUGUGACGUGGGAUAGAUCAUGUGGGAAAAACCCGGAAGCUUGCGCAAUGGUCCUCGUGGGGGUUGCACCGAUGUUGUACGUGGGCUUGCAUUCUUUGAUGGAUGCGAGCGCACCUGGAGUCCUAGGAUUGAAAAAAUCUAAUGACGAUAAAAAUUUGGAGAAGGUAUUGUUUGCCUUGGGUUACGUAGAGCCGUUAUGCCGCCCUAAUUUGGGUUGCUCCGACAUACGCAAGGCGUUGAAAGGCGUAAAUUCGACAGUAUUAUCUACAAUCUACGACCUUGCCGGAUUCUGGGCUUUCUAUUGA